AUGGAGGAAAGAUCCUCAAUCUUGUCUCCUACUCAUAGACACACAGCGGCUUCUCUGUUUGCUCUCGCUCUACACCACUCUCAGAUUCAUCCAACAAAAACUACUUCUCCCAACUCCGUAACUGCUUCUCUUUCAGAUGACCCCGAACUCUGGUUUCGCCAGAACACUGAUUUGCUCUCCCCAAUUUUUAGGUUCCUUGAAGUAGAUGAAGACUCCUGGCAGGGCACAAAGGAAACUGCCUGUUCCUCUUCUCAAUUCAGAAAUCACCUUGGAUCUUUCUUGAAAUUGCUGUCUGAGGAAGCUGGUGCAACCUCUUCUGAAGAAUCGGAGAAAGAAGCUGCGUUAACCAAAGCUGUUGAUGCCUCGGCUUUGAGCUUGAAUAAUACUUCUCCCGGUGUCCUUUCUCCACGUGGGCAGAAAACUGGGAGCCAAGAUGAUAUGUGUGACAUUAUGGAGAGCUCAUCUUUGCUGCCUCUAAAGAAACAACCUUCUAAUACACUAGAAAUUGCAACGUUUGAACAACCUUUUGAGGAGGCAACCCUUAUUGGUUACCAGAGAAAAGUGACAGUUCUUUACACACUGGUUUCGGCUUGUGUAGCAGACACCGAAAAGUCAAGGCAGGGCUAUGAUGCUCGUCACCGUGUGGCUCUGCGGUUGCUUUCUGUAUGGCUCGGUGUCAAAUGGAAUGAAAUGGAAGCAAUGGAGGCUAUGGUUGCUUUUUCUAUAAUAAAUUCAGCGAGUAAAGAAGGUGACCAGGAAGAACAAUCUGUAGGCUCAGAAACCAGCUGGGAUAAAUGGAAGCGUGGAGGUAUCAUAGGAGCAGCUGCUGUAACUGGAGGAACCUUAAUGGCUAUAACUGGUGGCUUGGCUGCCCCGGCAAUUGCUCAUGGACUGGGUGCUUUGGCCCCUGCGCUAGGCAGUGUUGUUCCUGCCAUCGGAGCUAGUGGAUUUGCUGCUGCAGCAACUGCUACAGGAUCUGCUGCUGGAUCUGUAGCUGUUGCUGCAUCAUUUGGAGCUGCUGGAGCUAGCCUUACUGGGAGUAAGAUGGCUACAAGAAUUGGAAGUCUAGAGGAAUUUGAGUUAAAAUGUCUUGGAGGCACUAAUCAAGGCUUUCUAGCAGUUAGAAUCUCCAUUUCUGGGCUUGUAUUUAAGGAGAAAGAUUUCAUAGAACCUUGGGAAGGUCUCAAUGAUAACAUGGAGAGGUACGUGCUCCAAUAUGAGUCUAAAAAUUUGAUUGCACUGAGCACAGCCAUCCAGGACUGGCUUACUUCAAGUAGCUUCUUUGAUACCGCUGUAUAUUUGAUGAAAGAAGGUGCUAUGAUGACAGUAUUAAGCUCACUUCUGACAGCACUGGCAUGGCCAUCAACUUUACUUACCACAUUUGAUAUUAUUGACAGCAAAUGGGCGAUUGCAGUGGACAGAUCAGACAAGGCUGGUAAGGUGCUUUCUGAAAUGCUGGUGACAGGCUUGCAAGGAAACAGGCCUGUCACACUAGUAGGUUUUUCGUUGGGAGCCCGUGUUAUUUUCAAGUGUCUCCAAUUUUUGGCCGACUCGAAAGGAGACAAUGCUGGAAUAGUGGAAAGGGUUGUUUUGCUUGGAGCACCCAUUUCGAUUGCAGACGAAAAGUGGGCAGCAGCUAGAAAGAUGGUGGCGGGAAGGUUUGUGAAUGCUUAUUCUUCCAAUGACUGGACGUUAGGUAUAACUUUUCGAGCCAGUUUACUCUCUAAAGGAUUAGCUGGAAUCCAAUCUGUUGAUGGUCAUGGCAUUGAGAAUGUUGAUGUGACACAUCUCAUUGAAGGCCACUCUUCCUACCUUCGGAUGACACAGAAAAUACUGGAGCAACUUCAAUUGGACAAUUGUUGUGCUGUUUUCAGCAGUGGAGAAGAACAUCCAUAG